UGGCUCAAGGUGCAGUUUUGAUCUUCCAAGCAGUUGCCAACCCGUUUCAACAAAGUAAACGAGAGCCAUGGCAAAUCCUGCCCUGACUGAAGAUGCCGUGAACACGGGUGCAGUUGCAUGGGUCUUGACCUCUGCAGCUUUGGUGUUCUUGAUGACAGCCGGACUUGGCUUCUUCUAUGGUGGCUUGGUGAGAGACACGAACGUCAUCAACACCAUGAUGAUGAGUGUAGCAUCAAUGGCCAUCGUAUGCUUGACCUGGGUCGUCUUCGGGUUCUCUUGGGCCUUUGGAGACAAUGGCGGUGCAGCCAUUGGAAACAUCGUGGGGAACUUUGACUACAGCCUGUGGAUGAACCUGGACAUGAAGAUGUGGGGUGACUCCGGUCUUCCUGGUCUUUGUUUUGCAGCUUUCCAGAUGACCUUUGCCAUCAUCGCUUCAGCCAUCAUCUCGGGCUCCUUGGUUGAGCGCAUGCGCUUCAGCGCAUAUUCCAUCAUGUUGGCCUUGUGGUCUUUGCUGAUCUAUGCCCCACUCUGCCAUUGGGUUUGGGGCCCCGGUGGAUGGAUCGCCGAGAUGGGAGCUUUGGAUUUUGCUGGAGGCACAGUGGUGCACAUCAGCUCUGGCGUGUCCGGGCUGGUUGCAGGUGCCAUUGUCGGACCCAGAAGGCAUGUGGAGAAGGAGCUGGGGCCUGCCAAUGCUCCUUUCGUGAUCCUUGGUGGUAGCCUGCUGUGGUUUGGCUGGUUGGGCUUCAACGGCGGAUCUGCUUUGUCAGUGAGCGAUGGUGUGGCGGCCCGUGCUGUGGCCACCACAUUUGUCGCAGCAGCUUCCUCCAUGUUGACCUGGUUGAUGUUGGAACGUCUUCUGAAAGGCAAAGCCUCCAGUGUCGGAGCCUCUGUCGGAGCAGUGGCU